CUCGCUACUAGACAACAGGUGAGCUGUGAGGCAAGACGUUCGACUGGAAGGCUCCGUUCUUAUUCGUCCGCGCACUUGUUUUUGGUUUCACUGAACUUUUCUCCACAGAAACGCCAAUAUGAGAAUCACCUCGAUGGCCUUGGUGCUGCUCCUCGUCGGGGCGGCGCUCUCGGCCCCUUCGUCAGCGAGGCAGACGGCGCUCAUAAACGCCUUUAGCGACCGAAAGACAGUGGAGUCCAUCGUCGACUGUUUCCUCGGCAAGAAGAAGUGUUCCCCGGAGGAGGAGAAGAUGAGAGUGCGUGCCCUGGCUACCAUGAGGAGCUUCGGCACGUGCCCCCCCAGCAUGUGCACCCCAGAGGAAGCCGCCGAGAUGAGCACUGCAAUGGGUCUUCUGGCGGAGAAGUACCCCGACCUGUGGGCCAAGCUGAUCGCGGCCAUGUUCGGCAUCGACCUCGGGAGAAAAUAGGGCUUGCAAUAGAGAGGAGUGUAGCUUUAGUUGUAUGUUAGCGUUAUCGUGUGUUUUUUUUAUAUAUAAAACUAUUUUGAGAUU